AGAGAGCGGAGAAGAAGAAGAGCCGCGUCCGCGUGAAGCGAAACAACGAGAGACCAGAGCAGCGCGUGGACCGGACGAGGACGAAUCGGCGGAGCAACGGACGGACUAACGGACGGAGUAACGGACGGAGUAAGGAACGGACUAACGGACGGAUUAACAGAGGUCAUGUGGAAUAAACCGCGAGCGGCGCGCUGAGGAAUAAUUCCGGUUUCUGUGUGUGUCUGAAAUUGUUUGGAUGUAACACACACACAGAGAGACACACACACACGCAAGCACACACAAACACACAGUUCAGCCCGGUACCGGACGGCGCGUGCGCAGCAGGAUACAACACACCUGUUUUUACCUUCAGGAAGGAAACCCGCACUGUGCGCGUGUGUGUCCGUGUCCUUGCGCGUGCUGCUGAACUGAUUGAUGGACAGAAGAAGAAGCGACAUGACGAGCUGAUCGCUGUCUGAAGAUCAACCAGAGGAAGGAAGAGCUCAGCAGGUGAUGAAAGGCUGCACAACACAUCACAGAUUAAUGUGGCAGCACAAAGAAAACGUUGAAGACGAGUCAUCAAAUAUCAUGUCAAGAAAAUGUCGGCUCUUAAAAUGUCGCCUCACAAAACAUCGGGAAAUUCUAUUCCAUCACCAAACAUCUAAAACACUCAGCACAUCACAUGUUGAAGUAUGAAUGCUAAUGCUAAAUGCUAGUGUUAAAUGAUCAUGGUACGUCUUUAAACUUGUAAUAAAAUCUGGCGAUGCGUCACACUGUCAAUGUUGAUGAAUGUUUUAAUGCUUCAUUUAAGAAGCUGUGACAUCUUCGGAUCUGACAUCAUAACCUGGGAUGUCAUCGGUUGGACAUCGUCGACUGUGACGUCGUUGGCUGUGACAUCACAGCCUGUGACGUCAUAACCUGUGACACCAUAACCUGUGAUGUCAUCGGCUGUGACAUCAUAACCUGUGAUGUCAUCGGAUCUGCCGUCAUGGCCUGUGACGUCAUCGGAUGUGACAUCAUAACCUGUGACAUCAUCAUCUGUGACAUCACGACCUGUGAUGUCAUAACCUGUGACAUCAUCGUGUGCGACAUCACAACCUGUGACGUCAUCAUCCGUGAUGUCAUCGGCUGUGACGUCACAUCCUGUGACAUCAUAACCUAUGACGUCAUUGGCUGUGACAUCACAAUCUGUGUCAUCAUUGUCUGUGACGUCAUUGGCUGUGACAUCACAACCUGUGGCGUCAUUGUCUGUGAUGACAUCGGCUGUGACAUCACAACCUGUGACAUCAUUGUCUGUGAUGACAUCGGCUGUGACAUCACAACCUGUGACAUCACAACCUGUGACGUCAUCAUCUGUGAUUUCAUAACCUGUGAUGUCAUCGGCUAUGACAUCAUAACCUGUGAAGUCAUUGGCUGUGACAUCACAACCUGUGACUUCAUCACCUGUGACAUCACAACCUGUGAUGUCAUCGUUUGUGACGUCAUCGUCCGUGAGGUCAGAGAGAAGUCUCUGCUGUGUUUCCUGUCGGUUGAACCUGAACAUGAACUAAUUUCUUUUCUCCGUUCGUUUCUCUGCUUCUUGUCCUGAAUUCAUUUACUUUUCCCUCUCGUCUCUUUACUCGCUGCCUUGAAAACAGCCAUCCGGAUCAUUUCCUGAUUGGCUGCGGCUGAGAGCCAAUCAGAGACGGCCCAGGGCGCCGUGUGACAGGAAAUUCAAUGAGGCUGCUUCUCCUUCACCAGGUCGAUGCCAGAGCAGCUCUCAGGAUGAAUCCGCUCGCUGCCCUCAGCAUUGAUCGCUCUGCUCUGGUCGGAGAAAGCCUCCGUCCUCACGGAGGAGUCUUCUAUCCCGGCGUCCAUCAUCUCACUGCAGAAAAACCCCUGCAGCCGGCAGCCAUCCCACUCGGCUACGAUCUUCUGUACAAACCAGAAGUGACCCUGCUGGAUGGCCAGAAGCCUGCUAAUGGAUUUGUUGGACUGUAUAAGAGUCCAGCGUCUGGGCUGCAGAAACCUCUGCUGGUCCCCAUUACCGGAGGCGAAGAUCUGGGUUUGGACCGCCGAGUUCUACCCAACGACAAGCAUUCAGAACUGGGCCUGAACGGCGCCGCUAGCUUCCUGAGGCUGCCCUGGAUCAGCCCCUAUGCCGACGCUACCAUGUACCCAUUCCUGGACAUGGCCUACAAGGCCUCCUUCCUGUCCCAACCGUCGCCCUUCAUCCACCAGCACAUGGCGUAUCAGUCUUUGUGUUCCAGCGGAAGCAGUACACCUGGCGAGGACCGACUCUUCUACCUGCCUCCUUAUAUCUCCUCCCCACUCUGUCCACCAAUCAGGAUGUCUAUAGCUGCUUCACCGAUGCCCCACUGCCAGGACAAGAACCUGCCGGGCCUCGGUCCUCAUCAGGAACCUUCAGCCUUCAGCUCUAGUCCUCAGAUCCACCAGGAAACCCAAAUAGAUCACCACCCAAAGUCCAGUCAGAGCACCUCCACCAAGACUACUCUGAGCAAAAGCAGCAUUGUUAGCAGCUCAGCUAGCAGCGCUGCUACAUCAGCAUCCUCAGUUCCACCUCAUCAACCCCUCAGCAGCUCCACGGAACUCCAGAAGACCCUUUACAGAAGCACCUCCUCAUCCUCAACCUCCCAGCUCUUUUACAGGAGCUCAGACGGCAACAAAACCAAAGACAGCAGCUCAGACAGCAGCAGUGCAGAGAGAUGCUCUUCACCUGCAAAGACACACCUGGACCAAACUGUACCUCAGAAAGCUGCCAAAAACGCCACAGAGAAACCUUUAGAUUUGUCUGCCAAAGAGUUGGAAGGAUUCCCAAAUGGAUUCCCUCCCAAAUCCCAAGCUCUGGCCAAGCUGGGUUAUUUACCACCAUCCCGUUUUGAGCCGCGAGCCGGUCAGGACCAGAACCUCAAGGAGGUUCUACUCCCACCUGUUGGCACAGCAGCAAAGACUCCAGAUCGUCUUGACAAGAUCAGGUCUACACCUUCCACCUGGGUUCCUCCAGGUCCUUCCUCCACCAUGGACUCCCAGACCAUGAAAAACAAGACCAUAGAUACCAGUCCUCAUCAGCCUCCCAGCUCUCCUGGUUCCUCCACAGCUGAGUUAACCAGUGUUCCCAGUCCGGCCUCAGGGGGGCGUCCUUCUGCCACUCCUCCUCCUCCACAGUCCAAUGUUGGAUGGACACAAGUCCCUUCUUCUGACUCUGACAAAAGUCCUCCAAAUAUCAAAGGGGGAAGUCGCUCUGGGAAACAGAACAUUGGUCCAGUUACGUCCGAAGCUUCGGAGAACAAACUUCAUCCUCAACAGCAGCCCCGUAAGGACAACGGAAACUCAUCCAACCAAAUCUAUGGUGACUCCUACCUCCCUCCAGGCCUAGGCUACACCAACCGCUACAUCCCAUAUUCAGCUGCAGAAAAUAUGUCCCUUGGCCGAAUGUCGGUUCCAGGUAAAGGCCCGGUGUACUCCCAUCCACUGUUACUCAGCAGCAGCUUCUACCCGUCAUCUAUUCCACCAAAACACGGCCUCCCGUUUGGAGUCCAUCCAUACCAGAACUCCCAGGAGAUGCCCAACACUUUCAUGUCCACGUAUCCAGGUCCUCAAGGCAAAGACCAACCUGAGAACAGGUCAAAAUCCCAGGACAAGUUCUGGAAUGCAGAACUAUACAAGAACCAGGAAAGGCCAGAUGCUGACACCAAGAGAGACAAGUCCACAAACCAAACAGCAAACUCUUCAGGUAAAAGCCUCUCUGCAGUCAGGGACGAUGUCAUUUGCAUCGACUUGGUGCGAGAUGAGGCAGAUGAAGAUUCGUCCACCAACAAGUGCAGCACAAUGUCCACCAGGACAGAAGGUCCUUUCAAGCAUGGACGGAACCACAUCCAAGACAAGGAGCCAAGGCCUCUAAAAAACCAGAACGCAGAGCAAAGACCCGACUCGAUGCCUCACAAUCCUGUUCAGCAGAACUCCUCUUCAUCUCAGGAGGUCCCAGAGGAGGUUCAAGAAGACGAGGAGGCCCUCAGUCCAUCUCCAGAGAUCCCAAAGGAGCAGACGAUGCGAUGCGCCCGAACUUCUACACAGCAGUAUUCUAGAAAAUCUAAACCUGGAAACAAUGGAGACGCGGUGAUGAGCCUUACCAGUGGAGAAAAUAAUGCUUCUAACGAAACAGAGUCUCCUGGAAAUGAAAACCUUAAACCUCACCUGACGACUUCCAAAGACGGUAACUCAUUGGUUCCUGUCAGCAGAGAAAGUUGUUCUGGUGACAGUACCAGUUCUAACAACAUGGACGCAAUCACAGCCCCAAAGAGAACCGGUUAUGGGUUCCAUCCAGAAGGUCCAGUCUGCAGCAGUGGAGGAAGGACGUGUGGAGAUCUCAGUUCUCAGGUUCCAUCCUGCAGGAGUUCUAAUCCACCUGGAGGAGUCAUGACCACGAGGCCUCCAGCAAGCAUCAACACCAACCCAAGUAGCUCCAAAUGUAACGGAGAGUUCACCAACCGGACUUUCAUGGGACCAUGUUGUCCAAAUGUGACCUUGAAGGCUGAACCUAGAGUCUUCGGUGGCCCAGCUGGUGGUAGCAUCAGUCCACGGUCUACAAAUGGUGAAAACCACAACACCAACCUCAGAGCUCCUACGUACAUAAAGAACUUCAGCAGUCUGAGUUGUGGAGGUUCUGGCUCUGAAGUAAACCUCAGGGGCUCCACAUAUGGAAGUGGUUUACCUGGAGGUCCAUCCUGUCAGAAGCUUCCCCCCACCGAUGGACUCUCCACCAGGACACCUACAGAUGUUACUCCAGAGCCGCCGGUCGACCAGAACCUCAGCUCCAGUGACACGGGUCAGAUCCAGACCGACGCCGGCUGUGGAGACGGGAAGACGGACUCCAGUGUCCAGGACGGUUUGGAUCUCCUGGCAGACGAAGACGAGGGCGGCAGCAGGAACCGGCGCUCCGGACUCACCAGGCGGAUCGCCAACUCAUCCGGCUACGUAGGCGACCGGAUCAAAUGUGUGACAACCGAGCUCUACGCCGAUUCCAGCAAGCUGAGCCGAGAGCAAAGAGCGCUGCAGCGUGCCAUGCUGCGUUUCUCAGAGCUGGAGGUGAAGGAGAAGGAAGGAGGAGGAGGAGAGACGGCAGACGGAGGGAGAGGAGAGGAGGUGGAGUGGAGCGAGGGGAGGAAUGCCUCUGUAGCUGCUGAGGCUCCGAGAGGUCUACAUCCGUCCUGUCCUGUCAGCCGCAUCCCUGUCCUCGGAGGAAAGAAAGACUUGGAGGAGGACGAGGAGAACGAUGAUGGAGAACCUCAGCAGGAGAAGAAGAACCUGACUUCUUCCUCACAGCCAGAACAUCAGAGGUUCAUUCCUGCUGCCAGAAACCUGUUUCCAAAUCCAAACGUUCUGAUGAACCGACGGCAGAUCUUCAGCCUGGAACCGUUUCACCAGAGCAGCAUCAUCAUGAAGCGAGGCCGGGAGGAGAACCAGGAGGACCAGGAACACCAGGAGGACCAGACGGAACAUCUCAACAAGAAAACGAAGUUCAGUGACUCCAGCCUGGACGACGUGAAGAAGCUGAAGGUCUGCAUUGAGCUCAAUGGCCUCCGACUCAGCAAGCCCCGCCUCCCCGCAGAGCUCAGCCAAUGGCUGCCCUCCAACCAGAAGUUCAGGAUGGACUCGAAGUCGGACGCUAGCGGAGGCUGGUGUGACGGAACCGGAGUUUUCCACGUAGCUCCGCCCUCCUCACAUGCCCGUCUUCUUCGGCAACCGUCCCCACAGCAACCGUCCCUGCGGCAACCGACCCCGCGGCAACCGUCCCCGCGGCAACCAUCCUUCAGCUGCCUGGCGUCGUCCCGCCUCCAGGACAAACACCAGAAGCUAAGGGAGAGUCGGCGAGCCUCCACCUUCCUCCCAUCGCUGCCUCCUCUUCCUGCCCCCUUCGCCUCACCUGACCGCCAUCACCUCCGUUGCCAUGACGACGACCUCGACAAGCCGAAGGGCAAAUGUCCGUUCAAGACGAAGCACACGGGAGGAGAGUCAGCAGCGGACGAGGACGAGGACGAGGCGAGCGAGAAGGUGUCUCUGUCCGACCCGUCUCAUUCGUCGGCCCGGCCCAUCCCUCCAGAGGUUCGCCGGCUGAUCGUGAAUAAAAACGCCGGAGAGACGCUGCUGCAACGCGCCGCCCGACUGGGAUACGAGGAGGUGGUGCUGUACUGUCUGGAGCAGCAGAUCUGCGAUGUCAACCACCGAGAUAACGCUGGUUACUGUGCCCUGCAUGAGGCCUGUGCCCGCGGCUGGCUGCAGAUCGUACGCCACCUGGUGGAGAACGGAGCCGACGUCAACUGCAGCGCUCAGGACGGAACCAGGCCAUUUCAUGACGCCGUGGAGAACGACCACCUGGAGGUCGUUCGCUUCCUGCUGUCCUGUGGCGCCGAUCCGACGCUCACCUCCUACUCCGGACGAGGACCAAUCAGCAUGACCCACAGCGCUGCCAUGGAAACCUUCCUGGAAGACUAUCUGUCCGACCUCCAGGGAAGGUCGGAGGGCGACCCGGGAACCUGCUGGGAAUUCUACGGAAGCUCAGUGUGCGAACCGUCCAGUGAAGGAGGCGUUUACAACGUUCUCGCAGAUCCACCGGGACCAGAGGAGGAGGAGGAGGAGGAUGAAGAGGAGGACCAGGACGAGGAGCAGCGAGCUCGGAGGGAGGUGUUCGAGUUCGAACUGUCUGACCGACCGCUGCUGCCCUGCUACAACAUCCAGGUGUCGCUGUCUCAGGGUCCCAGGAACUGGCUACUGCUGGCCGACGUCCUCGGUCGUCUCCGGAUGACGUCCCGGUCGUUCCGCCGUCUCUUCCCUCAGCUGAACGUCCAGUCGGUUCCGGAGGACGAAUUCUACCGACAGGCUUUGCUGUCCCAGCUGCUGACGGGUCCGGAGGAACAGCAGCUGGCCGGCUUCAGGCCCGACGUCCGGGACCCCCUCGAGCUGGUGGAGGCGACGCCUGAGCUGGCUGGGAUGCUCGGAUCCUCGCUGGAGUUCGUGGACAGUCGCUGGGACUCACUGGAAGCUUCUCCGCCUCCCACGCCGCCACGGCAACCAGUCCCAGCACCGCUAGCACCACGAGCUAAAGUGGACCCUCCAAACCGGACCUCGGUGUUCGGACCUAAACAUCAGGGAUCUCCCACAGCUAAACUGGAAGCUAAACCAGACAGCAGCAUGUGGGAACAAAGACAGGAAGUAGCAGAUUGGAACAUCUCAGUCAAACCAAACCCGACCAGGAAUGUGAGCAUCUGGGAACCACAGAGACAACGCAAGAACCCUGCAACCUCCGAGUCCGCUCAUCCAGACCAGAAGACGGACUCCACUGCGUGGCAGAACCAGAUCAGAACCAUCAGGUCCGACGCUGCUGCAUCGGAACCACCACGACUUCAGAAUAAGAACUUUGAAUGUCCCAACGGCGCCACAGAUGCUAACGUGUUUAAACUACAUCGAGACGCUAAGACCACCAGACUUUUAGUUUCUGCCAAUGCUUCGGUGGACUGCAGCGUUCUACUGCGACGUAAGAUCGACGUGACGUCCGUCCUUACGAAGACUGACGUCAGGACGGACGCUAACGUGUGGGAAUGUCCAGGAACUAAGAGGGGUGACACCAAAAGAUCCGCUAGCCCCUGCGAUGGACUAGGAGCUAAGGGUCUAAAACUGGACGCCGCCUGGAGGAGGAACAUGGCCGACGUCAGAGUCCACAUCAGGGAUCUGGGUUUGAAGGUCGGCAGCAUCCGGACCGACCUGAAGAAGGAGGCGGGGAAGGGGAAGUCUGGCAGAACCAAGACCAGGUCCUGAGACGGAUCCUGUAAACACUGUAGAGAACUCUAGAACCAGACGGAACGUGGUCUGGAACAGCAUCAUCGGUGUUCUCUGUAAAUACUGCUUUUAUUUAUGAUGGACUCUCUGGACAUACGUGUAGAUGGGUUCCUGCUCUGUACAUACGUGUGGAUGGGUUCCUGCUCUGUACAUACGUGUGGAUGGGUUCCUGCUCUGUACAUACGUGUGGAUGGGUUGCUGUUGACGUCGUAGCUUCUGUUCUCAGAGGUGGUUUGUUUGUUAUGUUGUGUGUUGUUUUGUAUUCAGCGUCCAAACUGUCCAAUAAAGAAGAAGAACCAGGAGAACAUCA